GCUUGAAUUAUACGUAGUGUUGCAAGCUGUAAUGCAAGAAAUACAUGCCUUAUGCGCCGUAGCUUUUGUUGUCAUUGAGGUUGUCUUAAAAAGGUAUUUAUCUGAGUAUCGCCAUAACCUUAUUAGAGAGCCCAAUCGAUUGCAAAAACAAAUAGACUAUAUUAACCGUCUAGUGAGAGAAAGUGGCAUAACAUGUGUUGAACAACUCCGUAUGGAUCGGCGUGCUUUUAUGACCUUGUGCAAUAUGGUUCAUACGAUAGGUGGGUUAGGGCAUUCAAAAUAUGUCACUUUAGAAGAGAAUGUGGCCUUUUUCCUCUUCAUCUUAGCACAACACUUGAAAAUACGAAAUGUUAAGUUCAAUUUCUAUAGGUCUGGAGAGACUGUUAGUCGGUAUUUCAAUGAUGUCUUAAAGGCUAUGUUGCGUCUGCAAGCCAAUUUACUCGUCACACCAAAUCCUAUAACUGAAGCAAGCACCGAUCCAAGGUGGAAUUGCUUCCAGGUAAUGGAUUUAUAAAAAUUUGGUAACACUGCAUUACUUUUUUUUUUAUUUCUUUUAUUAAAUCUUUUUUACCGAAAAUAAAAAUCAUAACUAUUAUAAUGUCUAUUGAAUUGGUUUGUUUAGAAUUGUCUUGGAGCACUCGAUGGCACCUAUAUUAAAGUUCGUGUACCUGUGGUUCAUCAAGCAAGGUAUAGGACAAGAAAAGAAGA